GCAUGGGCGAUGAAGCCGAAACCCGUCUCUACUUUCUCAUUUUUUAAGAUUUCUGCUGGAUUAACCAGUCUUGAUCGAGCUUGCAUGUCAAAAGUCUAGGCAAGGCAAGUUGCUAAUGCCUUCAGAAACCAUUAAAGAAAAGGGGCUACUAUUAUACUCUUGGAUGGAGCAAUACAACCAAUAGCUUGAUCCAACACUAUCUAGCCUAGUCCCACUCAAAUUCUUGUCGGUUGUUUCUACACCCUUUUUUGCAUCUCUUGGGAAACUUUCUACGCACCGGAAGGUUUCACUUUUUUAUCAUACAGCUAUGUGACAGAGGCUUCAGUCCCCAAAGAAGACCAAAACAACCAUGGUCCACACACUCUUAUCUAAUUUGGACGGAGUUCCCCAGCUACUUGAAUGUCCAGUCUCUUAACUAUGCUAGGUGCCCACUAUGAUUCGACAAAUCUGGCAGCAUUGAAGACUUUGUUUUCACUCUCGCGAGCCCACACACACGCCUUCAACCUUGAAAUUUAAUAAAUAUAUUGCUACAAGGAUUAACAGGUUUGGUUUCAUUCAUUGCAGAGUAUAUCAAUUUGCUAUCUCUUUUAAUUUAUUUCAGCUACCAAACGAUCAUAAGAACGCGACCAUCCAUCGUCCAAGAAAAGGGUGCAAAGCUUUCAAAUCAUCCCGCAAACCAUGAACUGGAUGGUAGGCCUCAGUUACCGACCAGCCUGCCAUUCUUAAUGUCUUGUCCCUCUACCAGAAUUAAGGCCUCCUUGGGAUUGUGCAGCUUGUGUUGGCUUGGACAUGUAACAUGCGUACAAAGGGGGUCCCAAGACAAGUGAAUGAGAGACAGUCCCAUCUGGCUCCGAGGCAGCUUGUGCUGGCUUAGAAACGUGCUCCUUCCAAUACAGAAAUGUCUUUUGUUUGCCCUAGUUUUCUUUGGCAGGUGGGUGCCUUGCAAAUUAAUGUUUUUCUUAAUUACCAUUUUUUUUUGUUAAUGCACAGGACAAUGCAAACCCUGCAACUAUUUUAAUCUUAAAAUAUUGCCAUUAGAGACCUUGCAUCCGAGCUCAACAUUUUCUAUUUUUUGCAAAGAAAGUAGCGCGUCUCGAUAACAAAAGCAGCUCAAGGAUAUAGCAACAAAAUGCCAAUACAAGUGACAUUGUUAUGUCAAGAUACAAGACUCCAUUUGGCACUAGCAUGACUUCAUCAUCAUCGUUGAUCACAAUGGAACUCAUGCAGGACGGCUAAAAUGUCAAGCCAGCCUUAUUCACAACAAAAUCAUGCGACCUUAGAACAAGAGCCAUUGUUUGCACAUAAACAAUUUCAUCAUCAGGACAAGGGCAGUUAAGUACAUAUAAUAAGACAAACCCAGGAUGAGUAAACAAAGCUGCUAACAACAACUACCUUCAUUGAAGCUGUCAGAAAUAACACAAUGCAGAAGACAGGAAAUUGCUCAAAAGCCGCUGAUAGCCACAAUGAACUAAAACAACCAAGAUUCUCUCCCUUUCUCUGCAUCCUUGUCCCUGGUUCACGUCGGAAUGAUGGUCCAGCCGCGGUUCCAUCCAUGUCUCAUUUUCUUACUGUUUUUCUCCCCUCCCCUUUCUCAUUCUUAUUGUAAACAAAACUCCUCACAGAAGACAGAAAUUUCUCCUGCAUUUGAUUCUUCACCUGCAAGUUCAAUGAUAAGAUCUGCAAGUUAUGAAGCAGUCUCUCCCGAUCAUGAUAGGGAGAGACUGAUGCCUCAACUCUUGGGACCUCCUGCCCGGAAACAGGCAAUGGAGGAGUCCUCAUCGUCAAAUGGAAAAGUUGUGGCAGCCAUUGUUGUCACAGCUGCAAUCACUCUGGCCAUUGCUGUGAUCUUCUUCUUUAUCUACUUGAAAUUUGCCAAAAAGCGGGAAAAAGUUAUGGCAACUAGUGACGAGCUCAAAAAAGUUAGCAGAAAAGUGAAAAAGUUUACCUUCGAUGAAAAUGGGCAGGGUUUGCUUUAUGUAAAAAGUUUUGACAGGAAACCCAAAAACACUUUCUCAAAGGUUACGCUGAACCCUAGCUAUGAAGAAGAAGGGGAAGAAAAGAGGGUGGAUGUGAUAGUAGAGCAAUUAAAAAAGUAUGAGCCACAGGAAGUUUUGCUUUCAUCUUAUGGAAUUGGUCAUGGGAAAGUAACAGAACCAGUUUUGCGAAAUGGAGAACCUACAGCAUCAGUUACAGAAAUGGAAAGUCCAAAAUUACCUCCUCUACAAUCCCCUCCAAGAAAGAAAAUCCCACCACCACCUCCGCCGCCGCCGCCGCCUCCUCCUCAUCCACCACCGCCUCCUCCGCCUCCGCCUCCGCCUCCGCCUACAUCAACAAAACCACCACUUAUAACAAAGAAAAAUCCUGCAUCACCACCCCCACCACCUAAAAUAGGCGGUUUAAUCUCAUUACUGAAACCUCCACCAGUUCCAAGAGGGAAAUUAAAUAGCAAGAGCAGGGAAUGGGCUCCAACAGAGGGAAGCUUGAGAGGGACUAGCAGUGGGCAUACAAAACUAAAGCCACUGCACUGGGAUAAAGUAACAGCCGAUGUUGAUCAUUCAGUGGUUUGGGAUGAGAUUAAUAAUGGCUCUCUCAGAUUUGAUGACGACCUAAUAGAAACAUUGUUUGGAUAUACAACUGCCAAUAACAAAAUCCUUCUCAGAAAUGAAGUUUCAUCAAGUAGAAGCAGCUCCAACCCUACCCCAGCUACUCAAGUUUUCAUCCUUGAACCAAGGAAGUCUCAAAACACAGCAAUUGUACUAAAAUCUUUAGCAAUUUCUCGCAAAGAAAUUCUUGAUGCUCUUCUCGAGGGUCAUGGACUUAAUACAGAUGUCCUCGAAAAGCUUACCAGAAUUUCCCCGACUCAAGAAGAAGCAGUCAAAAUCACCCAAUACAGGGGCAACCCAUCUAAACUUGCAGAUGCUGAAUCUUUCCUUCACCACAUCCUGAAGGCUAUUCCUUCGGCAUUCAUCCGUAUCAAUGCAAUGCUUUUCAGAUCAAAUUAUGAUUCAGAAAUUCUUCAUCUAAAGGAGUCCUUACAAACACUUGAAUCGGGGUGCAAAGAGCUACGAACCCGUGGCCUCUUCUUAAAACUUCUUGAAGCCAUUCUCAAGGCUGGCAACAGGAUGAAUGCUGGAACAUCCAGAGGCAAUGCACAAGGUUUCAACCUUACUGCUCUUAGAAAGCUUUCCGAUGUUAAAAGCACAGACGGGAAGACUACUCUACUUCACUUUGUUGUAGAACAAGUAGUUCGAUCAGAAGGUAGACGUCGUGUACUUAAUCGGAACCAUAGUAUGGAAAGAAGUGACAGUCAAAGAAGGAUAAACAGUGAUUUGAAUUCAGACACAUUGACGGAAGAGAGAAACAAAGAGUACCUGUUGUUGGGACUACCAGCAUUGAGGGACAUGAUUGCUGAAUUCUCCAACGUUAAAAGAGCAGCCGCAAUAGAAUUUGACAGUUUCGUCAACACAUGCUCCUCUCUCACAGCUCGUGUCACAGAAACUCAGCAACUCGUGGUAAACUUUGGCAAUAGUGAGGCUGGUGGGUUUUUGAUGCAAAUGAAAGGAUUCUUGGAGGAUUGCGAAGAGGAGCUUAAGGUGGUCAGAGAUGAGCAAAAAAGGAUUAUGGAGGUUGUUAAGAGAACAACAGAGUAUUACCAAGCAGGAGCAUCAAAACAGAAAGAAGCAAAUCUGCUUCAACUGUUUGUUAUAGUGAAAGAUUUUCUUGACAUGGUUGAUCGAGUCAGUGUAGACAUAUCCCAGAAGGUGCAGAAGAAAAAUGUGGCAGCAAGAGCAGGAUCAUCAUCACCACCUUCACCUCCAUCAAGUAAUCCAGUGAGAUUUCCAGACUUCCGUUUACAUCCUAUGUCAGAUAUGUCAAGGGCAACAUCUUGGAGUGAAUCAGAUGAUGGUUUCUGAACAACAGGAUUUGUUCACAUCAGAACAUUACAUUCAGUUAAAUCAAGGAGUUGGCUCCCACGGAAACAGAAGUACAAAAACAUGAUAUUCACCAAGCUUUUACUGCAUAGGUACAGCUGUCUGAGACUGAAAGGGUUACUCUGCCGGAGAGAGAAAGAAAAAGAAGAAAAGCGAUCAACACAACACGAAAAUCUUAGCCCCGUGAGACAAGAAACCGAGAGAAAAAGCCAAAUGGACAGCAGAGCAAGCAAUAAAAACCUCCGAACGUGGCAUUUGCUGACCUAUAAACGCAAAUAGGCACAAAAAUAUAUUUCUUAGUAAUUGUUCUUCAAAUUUCCAGCUCAACUACGUUCUUCUAAACUUUGUGUGCUCUGUGUUGAUUAUGAUCAUAUAAAUGGUCGUGUUACCUAAAGCAA